AUGAAGAUUACUAGAUAUGGCGGUCAAUUUAAAUCGGAAGGGAGCGUGACCCCUACAGAUCUUCUGGAAGGCCGGACCUGUUCCGAAGAAUUGUGCAUAGGCCUUAGCAGCGGAACAGCAACCUCGUCCGGCCCUGAUAACUGCACAUGCCAAUGUCACCCUCAUUUGCCUGCCUUCAGGGAGGAUCUCAGCAUAUGUGUGGACGACAUACACGAUGUCCCCAUAAAAAGAAGUCUAAAGGGUUCAAAUCGGGCGAUCGCGCUGGCCACUCAAUUUGACCCCUUUGACCUAUCCAGCGAUUGGGAAAGACCUGAUUUAAAUAAUCCCUUACUAGCAAUGCAUAGUGCCCCGAAUCCUGUCGAUUAUAAAGAAAAUAUAGAUACAAUCGUCUCUAGCUUUACGACCGCUCAGGAUCGGUACCGUACCUGA